UUGAACCUGAUGAUGUGUUGAGGAGGAUUCAAGACAAGAGUCAUGUUACUGGGAAUGUUUUCAGGUUAUUGGUGACAUGGUAUAUUGUUUGGACAGAGUACGGACCAGGUGGUAUGAGACUGCUGGACAAAUUACUGAAAGAUGAUUUACAUGCAAAGAGCUGCUGAAGGAACACCAACGACCAACAUGACUCCAACUCAGAAACCUCCUUUGGGGGGCAAGACACUGGUUACUGUGGAUAUUGUAGUCCUGGUUGUCUACUUUCUACUGGUGCUGGCUGUUGGUUUCUGGUCAAUGUGGAGGACAAAGCGAAGUACGGUGGAUGGAUACUUCUUAGCUGGCAAGAGUAUGACCUGGUGGCCAGUUGGGGCUUCACUGUUUGCCAGCAACAUUGGCAGCGGACAUUUCAUUGGUCUGGCCGGGUCAGGAGCUGCUGCAGGAAUUGGAGCAAUAGCCUAUGAAUGGAACGGAAUGUUUAUGGUGUUGCUGCUUGGAUGGCUCUUCCUGCCCAUUUAUAUCUCCUCUGGGGUGACAACCAUGCCUGAAUAUUUGCAGAAGCGCUUCGGGGGAAGAAGAACCCAGCUAUUUAUAGCAAUCUUGUACCUGUUUGUUUACAUCUUUACAAAAAUAUCUGUAGAUAUGUAUGCUGGAGCUGUAUUCAUUAAGCUUGCUUUACAAUGGAAUAUCUAUCUGGCUGUAGUGGUGCUGCUAGCAGUGACUGCUCUCUACACAAUAGCAGGUGGCCUUGCUGCAGUUAUUUACACUGAUGCAGCUCAAACAGCAAUCAUGCUCGGAGGAGCUCUCACCCUUAUGGGUUUCAGUUUUGCUGAGGUUGGAGGUUGGGACGCUCUGAUGGAAGGAUAUUUCACUGCCAUUCCCUCAGUCCUUGUGCCUAACUCCACCUGUGGCAUCCCUCGAGAUGAUGCCUUUCACAUAUUCAGAGACCCGGUGAACUCAGACCUGCCCUGGCCUGGUGUUAUCAUCGGCAUGUCCAUCCCCUCCAUGUGGUAUUGGUGCUCUGAUCAGGUGAUUGUGCAGCGCUCUCUGGCUGCUAAGACUCUGACCCAUGCUAAGGGGGGCUCUCUCCUGGCAGCAUACUUGAAGGUUCUUCCUUUCUUUGCAAUCAUGCUCCCUGGGAUGAUCAGCAGGAUCCUCUACACAGAUGAGGUGGCUUGCGCAGACCCUGACCUGUGCGAACAGAUUUGUGAGAACUCAGUGGGCUGUUCAGACAUUGCUUAUGCCAAACUGGUUAUGGAGCUUCUCCCUGCAGGUGAGACCCUGACUCGGUUUCCCUUUUAUGACGGUAUGUUUUACUUUUCUGUAAACACUGGAGACAUGUCUCCUUCUUGCAUAUCUUCCUUUUCAGGACUCCGAGGUCUCAUGAUGGCUGUGAUGAUUGCUGCUCUUAUGUCCUCUCUGACCUCCAUCUUCAACAGCUCCAGUACCAUUUUUACUAUGGACUUAUGGAAGAGCUUUAGAUCUCAUGCUUCGGAAUGGGAGCUCAUGAUAGUAGGGAGGCUGUUUGUGCUCGUCCUGGUGGUGGUGUCAGUGCUCUGGAUUCCUGUUGUCCAGGCCAGUCAGGGAGGCCAGCUCUUUAUCUACAUCCAGUCCAUCAGCACCUACCUGCAGCCCCCUGUCAGCAUAGUCUUCCUCAUGGGUUGCUUCUGGAAGAGGGCUAAUGAGAAAGGUGCAUUCUGGGGUCUCGCCAUUGGUCUGACAGUCGGCUGCAUACGCAUGUUGUUGGAUUUCAUCUACCCUGCACCAAUGUGCUUUGAGAAGGACGACAGGCCCAGUGUGUUGAAAUACGUCCAUUACCUCUACUUCUCCAUGCUGUUGUCCUUCAUCACCCUGGUUGUGGUGGUUGCAGUUAGCCUGGCCACUGAGGAGCCCAGUCCUGAGCAGAUAAGUCGUCUCACUUGGUUCACAAGGUUUGAUCCAGUGAUGCCAAAAGAAGAAGUGAUCUCAGUGGAGCAGAGACAUCCAGGAAGAGAGGCAGAGAGCAGAAACGGACAAGCAUGCCCUCAAAGGAGAGAUUCUGCUUCAUCUGAGUCCAGCACUCCCAGUCAGUCCAGGUUCAUGUCUGCCAUCUACUGGUUGUGUGGGAUGGAGAGGCGAAAGGAGGCAGACAGCAACAUUCCAGCUCCCUCUGCAACCGAGCAGAUCAUCUGCACUCUGGAUGAAAAGCCGAGCUACAGACACCUCGUCAAUACAAACCUCAUCUUCUGCCUCUCUGUAACCGUCUUCAUCAUCGGCUACUGGGCUUGACCAAAGAAGAACCAUACAAUGACUUCCAAAAUGUUCCUGCCCAACAGACUUUUUCAGGGUGUAACUCAGACUUCCAUGCAUUUUAUGUUAGCUUUAUGGGAUGGUUUUAAAGUGGAACAUGUUUUCCCACUUCUUGCUCUGAAAAGCCAAAAUUGAAUCCAAUAUAAACCAAUUAAACAGUAAGCAGAAACUACCAGGGUAUAAUUUAAUCUCAGUACAAAUCUAGUUGUACUGCGAAGGCCUCAGAAAUGUGUUAGAUAACAUUUGAGAACAUCAGCAGUAUGAAGACAAGGCAAGCAGGUUUGGCCUAAAAAGUUGUGGGAGCCAAGUUAGAAGGUAGCUAACAGUGCCUAACUAGGUAGCUUCAAUCCUUUCUUCCAUUAAAUACAGGGAAUCUACAGAGAUAUGAAAGAAGAUAAUGCAAGAAAAUUCUAUUUAACAUGAUAUUGGACAAAUUCUGUCUAGUUGGAUGAGAUACAAACUGUGUCAGAUGUUAAUUUAUAUAAAAAAUAUAAAAAAAAUAAAAAUAAGCUACAUUAUUUUCUUCCAACUUCAUAAUCAUAGUUUAGUUUGUGCUGGGAUGAUAAAUUGACUUAAAUCAUAGAUCCCUUUUCCAGACAUACUUAAUCGGAACCACACUUAGUCAGUCAAACACACUUAUUCAUUCACCAGCAUAUGAUUGGGUUCUCAGCCUGGGGCUGAGAUGCAGAUAAAAAAAAGCUGGAAUCAAACCAACAACAUUGGCUUGACUUCAAAACACCAACUCUUUCCAUUUAGCCACAACUGCCCCUAAAUCUAAAGGCUCUACAAUCUCCAUAAAAUAGAUUGAAUUAUGUGCAGAUGUCAUUGAUUUUAUAGCAGGUUAGCUAAGAUGGUGAAAUGAUUAUCUCUAAAACUCCCUUCAUUUUGUUAUAAGCAAACCUAUACAAACAAUCUCAUAAAUUUACAUCUAUUGUUGGCUUGCUCAGUUUUUUUUCUAAUUUUACAGGAAUAUUAUACAUGUUUGCAAAAAUAAAAGUAAAAUGAAAGUAAUUUAUAAAAGCUCCUUUAAUUUAAAAAUAAGUGUAUACAGUAAUAAUUAUAAAGAGUAACGAUGGUUUGUAGGUUGAAGAAUCAGAGAAAAAGACAAGAAAACUAGAGAAAAAAAAUAAUUCACAAAAAAGGAUUUUAAUUUUUUUUUCUCCUGUAUUGAGCUUUGAUCUCAGGAGUGAUUAGUUACACAAAGAUGAAGAUUGUCCCUUUCAACCAUAAAACUUAAAGCAUCAAAUAGGACCUUUCCAUUUAAAAAUCAGUUUAGCAGACAUCAAAUAAAAUCCUGAUUAAAAAUUAAACAAUCAACUUUAACCUGUGUUACUCGCAACAUGCAGCAAUAUACUCUGAACACGGCAUCAGUGGAAGACAACUGCAUCUCUUAUUGCACCCUUCCCAAAGUAUUUGGUCACUGCAACUCUAAAUAUGCGCUAAAGUCAAAGCUAUCUUUGGGUCCUUUAGGCAUUUCUCGAUACCUUCCUGCAUGGUGUGAACAUCACAUUAGGUGUGAUGAAUCUGCAGAAAUGGGAAAGUGAAAAUGCAGUUUAGUUUUAUUAUAAAUAGGUGGCAGAUUGAAUUCUAAUCUCCUCAUCAACAAAAAAAAAAAAUUAUAAAACACAGCUAAAACCGCACUCAUAUUUUUGUCUGCAAAAUAAUUUCUAGCUUUGACACUUUGGCGUAAAAAGAAGAGAGGUAUAAAAAAAAGUGAGAUUUUUCCAGCACCCUUUUUCUUUCCUUAGUUAAGCUGCAAUAAAAUUGAGGUUCUUUAGGCCGUGGCUCUGAAACCCAAUCUCUGAACACUCGGAAGAACACGCAGCUAAAAAAGUUCAAUGUUGGAAGCGAUGGCAGCACAACAUUGUUGUGGUUUAAGCCACCGCUGUACAACAAGGCUUCUGGUUCAACUCCGUACAGCAGACAAAAAAAAAAAGCAUCGUGAAGGUUUAACCCUGUCUUCGGUUAAUGACUGAAGCUGGAGCAUCUUCUACAGGGGAGUGUUCUCUGUCUCGAUGUGAAGGUUUGGUUCUGGGGUGGAGAUGGGCUCUUGACCAGCAGAGUCCUCCACUUGUUGCUCCUCGAUCACCUUGGGGAUAAAAGCUUUUCCAAUCCCCUUAAUAAGCAGGCCUCCUUCUACUAAAAUAAAAAAAAUAAUAAAAACACCCCAUAGGGAAAAAUUAGCAAACGCAUCAUGACAUAGAGAAAACAGCUGCACACACACACACAUAUCACUGCAAACUCCACACUCUUUAAGACACCAAGGACUCCUCUGCGAUGUAAAAGUAAUCAAUACUGCUAAAUAAUCAAUCUUGAUGUUUCUUUUAAAGUUUCCUUGGUGUGUUAAUCUGUAAAUGCAACAAACCAUUUUGCACAUAUCUGUGCAAGAGCCACAAAAAAAACCUGUUUAGAAGCACGUUAGUUAACACAGCAAACUGUUAGCAGACACAUCCGUCCAAGCUAAACCUAAAUGCAAGCAUGUUAGGUGCAGACAAAUGCAUUAAAAACAUGCCAUCAGACAUAAACAUACAGGUGCAUUUCAUUAAAUUUGAUUAUCAUUACAAAGUUUAUCUCUUUGCUGCCUUAAAACUGUGGAAGUUUUUUCUUCCUUGCAAAAAAACAAAAGUCUUUUGCAGCUGAAAAGAUAUUUUAUUUUUAAUUUUUUGGAAUUGCUCAAUAUUUUACAUCAGCUAUAUAUAUCCCAUCAACUAUGAGGAGCUUGCAGUCCCUGCUAUACGGCCUCCCGCAGCAUGAUGCUGCCACCACCAUGCUUCCCUGUGCAUACGAUAAUCAAAGUGAUGCACAGUUAGAUUUCUGCCACGAUCCCUGUUUUGCUUACAGGGAAACAGUUAUGUUUUCACAUAUUUUCACAUCAUUAAAAUUUUCAUUGAGAAAGAUUACAUGAUUUUACUUUGUUGCACAAUUGUUUUCUUAUGUUGAUUUCUAAUAAAUAGUUAUGGUAAAUAAAUAGUUAAGCCCACACAAUGAUGAGGAAGGCUGCUGACUUGGCAGCAAUGGGUAUAAGCUUCAUGUUAAAGAUGCUUGUUCAGGGUGACAUGUCAAAACAUUUCCAUAGAAAGUUUAGUGAAAAGGAUAAAAAAAACUAUUAGUAUAAAAGCUGCAUAUCAAA